UCUGGCCAGGAAGGAGCCGGGCAGAGGAAGCAUUAAGAGAAGUCAUAUAAACACUCCCCCCUGCCUGGCGCGGUCCAGAGCUGGCCAGGGAGACAGGGCGGGACAGUGUGCCCUACGGACCGACGCUGCGCAAUGGGGCUCUCCAUGGACCGCAGCCCGUACGCCCGCGCGGGCGGCGAGGAGCGCGGCUGCUGCUACUACCUGCGCUAUUUCUUCCUCUUCGUGUCGCUCAUCCAGUUUCUCAUCAUCCUGGGCCUGGUCCUCUUCAUGAUCUACGGCAAUGUGCACGCCACCACCGAGUCUAGCCUGCGGGACACGGAGAUCCGUGCGGACAACCUGUACAGCCAGGUGGUGAUGCUAACUUCCGUACGGGCUAACCUCAGCAAACAGCUGAACAUCAGCCUGCUGGUCAGGGAAACGGUCAUGCAGCAGCUGCUGACCACGCGGCGCGAGGUGGAGCGCAUCAACGCCAGCUUCCGACAGUGCCAAGGCGAAGUGAUCACCUACAAAAACUAUAAUCAGUUCAUCGCCGCUAUCAUCCUGAGUGAGAAACAGUGCCAGGAACAGCUGAAGGAGGUCAACAAGACCUGCGAAGCCUUGCUCUUCAAGCUGGGUGAGAAAGUUAAGACACUGGAGAUGGAGGUAGCCAAGGAGAAGGCAGUGUGCUCCAAGGACAAGGAGAGCCUACUGGCAGGAAAGCGGCAGGCGGAAGAGCAGCUGGAGGCCUGUGGCAAAACGCGCGACCGGCAGCAGCAGGAGCAGCAGGUGACCGAGGAGCAGCUGCGCAAGGUGCAGUCCCUGUGCCUCCCACUGGACCAGGAGAAACUCCAGGCGGACAUGCUGAACGUGUGGCGAGACUCGCUGAUCUACCGUAGCCUGGACAACCUGGGCUACCACUACCCGCUGGUGCCGGAGUUCGCGAACCUCCGCCGGACGUGCGAGAGCCUGCCCGGGAUCAUGAGCACCAAGAUCGAAGAGCUGGCGCGCGGGCUGCGCGCGGGCAUUGAGCGCGUGACCCGUGAGAACGGAGAGCUGCGGCGCCAGAAGCUGGAGCUGGAGCGCGCGGCCCAGGGCGCGCAGGAGGCGCGGACGCGCGCCGGGACCGAGGCGCAGGCGCGCGAGACCCAGCUGCGGGCGGAGUGCGCGCGCCAGACGCAGCUGGCUCUGGAGGAGAAGGCGGCGCUGCGCGCGCAGCGGGACAGCCUGGGGCGCGAGCUGGAGGCGCGGAAGCGCGAACUGGAGCUACUGCGCACCGAGGUGGACGUGCGCAUCAGCGCGCUGGACACCUGCGUCAAGGCCAAGUCGCUGCCAGCCGUCCCGCCGAGAGUCCCAGGCCCGCCCCCCAACCCUCCACCUAUUGAUCCCGCUAGCCUGGAGGAAUUCAAGAAAAAGAUCCUGGAUUCCCAGAGGCCCCCUGUAGUCAACCCGGCUGUCCCACCCAGUGGCUGAGGACCCAGCAGCUGCUGCAGCGCCGGGCACCAGAAUCGCCCACCUGUGGACAGGAGCAGCCAGAUGCCCGCAGUGCUGGACCCACUGUGCCCGCCAGCAUCCUCCACCGUCACCCCUCCGCUGGCACCGCUUCACCGUCCCCUGCACCCCACCUUCCCCCGGACACUGGAUUUAAGGCACACACAGCUGUGAGGUGACAUCACAUCAGUGACCCGGAUGGCACCCCACCUGCACCCACAGCUCAGCUGCCACCCUCCGCACCUCCUCCGGCUUCCUCUCACUCUGUUCCUGACCCAGGAGGUGAGAACAGGAAGCCCAGCCUUCCUUAGCUCCCUUGAGAGUUUCCAGCCUCCCUCUUAAAGGCCCCUGGGGUUUCCAGAUCCUCCUUGAGAGUUUCCAGGCCUCCCCUGAAGGGUUCUAGCCCCACUCCCCCAGGAUGUUCAUUAGGUUGUCAAGCCUUUUCCAGAGUCUGCACGUUCCCUCCUCACACGGAAGGCCUCCACCGCAGAUGAGAGUCCCGUGUGGACCUCAGAGCCCUGGAGGGACGGGUCCCUCCCUCAGUCCUGCUUGCAGCCCUUAAAGAUAUUAUUGGCACAUAAUAAAUAUCAUAAAGUCCUUUGAA